UACGACAGUACAGUCGAACGUGGUCGAAGGCAGUCGAACGUUAUCGAAUGUUAGCGUCUUAGCUUAGCAGGCAGUUGUUUUUUUUAAUAAUAAAAAGCAAACGUUAUUGUUGCGACAGAGAUAAGCCUGCAGCUUUUAACAUGCCGGUUUGACAUUAAAUUCACUUUUUCUUUAAAUUGAAAGAUUAAUAGUGAUCAAAAUGUGAUUUUUAAAAAAUUUGUAAUUGCACAAAAAUUAUUUAAAGGUGUGAAAGCAAUAAAAAAACGCAUGUUGUUUAUUUGGAAACCCACACAUCAAUUGGAGUAUUUGGAGGAAAUUUUACAAUGGUUGCACUUUGAAAAAGUGCAAAUUAUUCUCACAAAGAGAACAAGAAGGGAGACAAAUGAAGACAAUGGGGAAAUAUUGGUUGAACAUGACCCUCGUGAGGGUUAUUCUUCCCGUAGUUCUUGCUGGAAGUGUAAUAUGGAGACCAGUUGGAUUAUCUCUCGUGUACUUGGUACUUAUGCUUUGUGCUCCAGUAAUACCAGUUCCUACCCAUGCAACAAUGAAGGGACAUACUGGACGAUAUUUAAAAACAUGUUUUAGCUUAUCAUUUCUUGUAACUUUAAUACAGAUUACAUUUCAUAUAGUUCUUUUGGCUCUUCCUCCUUAUGGACAUUUUCUAGAAAAUUGUGAAUUUUUAGAAAAGGUUUUAAGGCAUUUAGGCUUAGUAAGACUAGAUAACGCAUCUGUGUUUGAAAUAUUUUUCUGGUUGGCACCAGAAAUCAUAGUUUUACCUACAACGUUAUUAAUUUAUUAUUUUUGUCGUCAAUUAACUCAUAUACCUACAAUAGAAGAAAACGUACAACGUUCUACAAAAAAGACUGAAGAUAGAUCUGCUAAAGUUAUAAAUUUUCUGGGUAGUGUCGGAACAUAUGUUGUUCUAGCUUCAUUAUGCUGGACAGCAUCAUUAAAGCCUUCGAUAGAAGGAGGUUUUUAUUUUGUAGUUUUUCUGGGCGCUGCAACGUGGUGGGCAUGCAAUAGAGAAUUAUUAAAAGGUUUUGCUAUUCUUUGCAGAAUCGUUAUGAUUGUCGUUGUCCUCCAUAUUAUAACUUUAUUAUCAUAUCAAAAUCAGUGGCCUCAAGAAUUUAUACCAAUCAAUAGCACAUGGUCACGUUAUUUAGCUCUUUCUGCCAUGUACACCACAAAUUGUACAGAUCCUCGUGAUAUCAAUUUCAUUGAUGAUUCUGAUGACUUGAUGUAUGGAUACUCAUUGAGACUCUUUUGGCUGUAUUAUAUUUUAGCACUGCAAUCACAGUUUCUCUUCAUAAAACCGGUUAAAAAUCCUAGAUGUUUAAGUGGGAAAUUGGAAAAUUUGGAUACUUCAUUGUCGCGACACGUUUCAAUUAGACGAAAAACACCAUCCCAAAGGUGGCAAUCUGCUCGCCGUAAGGCUCGAUUAAUGCGAUUUGGCUCAGGAAGAUCAGGUUUGCUACAAGAUUCCACGGGAAGCGUUACUGUUCCAGAUGGGCAACAGGACGAUAGUAUUCAACUACAAUCCCUUAGCGAAGGUGCACCUGAGGAUAAUCCUGGAAUAAUUGAACACAUAAUAAUGGCAAUUUAUUCAGUUUUUCAGUUAAUUGUAAAUUCUUCUUAUCUAGCAACAAAUAUUAUUAUGAUGACUUGGAGCAUAAUGUAUCACAGUUGGACAACUUUUGCGUUACUAAUGUGGGCUCUCAUACUUUGGAUGGUGCCUAAUAAGAGAGAGUCGAUGAUGAAGUGUUCUCCAUUCAUUGUUUUUUACGCAACUUUUCUACUUCUUGUACAAUAUAUUUAUAGUAUGGAUUUAACCAGUGAUGAAUUACCAGAUUCUAUUCAUGGAAUACCAAUUGCAGAAAUUGGGUUUAGUAAGCCAGGACAACUUAGUCCAUGGCACUUGAUUGUUAAGUGUCUCUUUAUCUCAAUGUUUUGGAUAACAAUGCGACAAUACACUGCUGAAAAGAAAAGACAACGUAGGUCUUCGACAUUAAGAGAUUUAGUUGCUCCGUUACAUGUUUCUGUAUCAACAGCAGCAACAACAGCAAUGAAUCAAGAUUCUCAUGAAAUAAAGAGCAAAUUUAUGAAGAAUGUCGGAAAUGUAUUGAAAAAAUUCUUGACAAAAUUUUGGAUAGCCAUAGUUGCUAUAAUGCUUUUUACUAGUGGAAUCACUGGAAGCAGGAUGACAGUUUUUCGAAUAAUUUACAUGUCCCUUCUUCUCGUUUUCGUCAUUACCUUCCAAAUAUCUUGGAAAGCUUGGAGGAGAAUGAUGUAUUCAUUCUGGAUCGCAGUCAUUGGAUAUUCUAUUAUUAUGUUAAUCUUGGUUUACACUUAUCAAUUUGAAAAUUUUCCAUCAUAUUGGGAAUACAUCUAUGUUAAUAAAGAACUACAAAAUGAUAUAGGAUUAGAAACAUACGCAACCAAAGAUCUUUUUGUUCGUCUUCUAACUCCAACGUUUUUCGUGAUAAUUACUGUUUUGCAAAUUCAUUAUUUCCACGAUGACUUUCUAGAAAUAACAAAUAUUGAAAGGCAAAGAGAAAGUAGUUCAAGACGAGGAAGUCUUGGAUAUUCUCCAAACACAAUACCCGUUGUUUCGCCAAAUGAAGUAUUUGUUUCUGAUAAUGAAGAAGAAUCAACAAUAUACACGUUGAGGCAGUUAAAACAAAUGUCUAAAAUAGAGAGGAUGGCGUUUCUAAGAAAAAUAAUGAAACACAUGUACAGUCUUUAUAACCAUGUUUGGUUAUUCUUUGAACUUCAUAUGCAAAAAAUUAUUUUUAUAUCACUUAUGUUAUUAUGCUCAAACGAUGUGUGUGCCAUCAAUUUUAUUUUUGUGGUCGUGUUGGUAAUAGUAAUCAACUUUAGAAGAAAUAUUCAAAUAAUGUCGAUAAAUAUUAUAUCUGCUGUUAUUGCUCUUCUCAUGGUUAUAAAAAUGCUCUAUCAAAUAGAAUAUGUUCAUCAUGAAAAUUGGAAUGUUAAUUGUACUAGAAAUUAUUCGAGUGACAAUACCUCGUUGGCAGAAAAUUAUACAGUUUAUAACAUUGCUGAAUGGAUCGGUUUCAAAAAAGCUGCAGCAAGUGCAUUGCCUGAUUUAUUAAAAGGUUACAUUGGCAUUAUUACUGUGACAACAUUGAGAGGAAUUGUCACUGUUCGUCAAUGGUUUCAUAGACAAGAAAAGGGUGAACCUUUGGAUCCACCUCAAAUUAUGUUCCCAAAAAUAGUCAGAAGUGACGCCGAUAAAGGCAUUAUACCGUGUCUUAAAUUUCUGUUCAAUUUUGGAUUCUACAAAUUUGGAAUUGAAUUUUGUUUUAUGGCAAUUGUGGCUUUAAUUGGCACAAGACUGGACUUUUAUUCUGUUUUAUAUAGUAUUUGGCUGAUUAUAUUAUUCUCAUUAAAACGAAAAACACUGUCAAGAUUAUGGCCCCUCUUUAAGGGCUUUGUUCUUGUUUUAAUUCCAAUUCAAUAUGCUUUUGUAGUUGCACCACCUACUUGGUUAUGCAUUCAAUAUCCUUGGAGCUCGUCAGAUUUGAUGAGACGAUUACAAGAGUGGAUGUAUUUUCCUGAUCCAGAUUUUCCACCGAAUCCAAAGAAACUCAUAUGUGAUUUCAUUUUAUUGAUGAUGAUUGUUCGCCAAAGUUUGGUAUUUCACAUUGAACAACGAAGCUUAUCCACUGGUAGAGAAUUUGUUGCUGGUCACAACUACUCAGUUUAUUUGGACAUGGAAAAACCAAACUUUGCCAAUCCCGUGAAGGAUUAUGUGUCUCACAUUCAUAACUGGCUGGAUGUUUUUAAACGUGGCUGUUUAAUGAGUCUAAUGUGGAUUACUUUAUCAAUUAUGUUCUUGGCAGGAACCAAAAGAACAAAUAUUUUCUCCUUGGGUUACCUUAUCGGAGCUUUCAUUUUCUUGUGGCAUGGCAGUGAUUUUUACCUAAUACCAGUAAAAAAAAUAUUAAAGUGGUGGAACUUACUCAUUGGUUAUAAUGUUAUGGUGAUACUUUCGAAAGCAUUGCUUCAAGGAGUAGGCUGUGUUGUCAUACAACAGAUGGAAAAAUCGACGUGUUGGCUUAUUCAACUACUAGGCAUUGCUUGUCUAAAAAAGUUCCAAAGUUCAGGAGCAGAUUAUCCUUCCACCUGUCAAGUUCCCAGAGAAGACAUUGGCAUGGUCUGGGAUGGUUUGUGCUUUGGGUUUCUUUUGAUGCAAAAACGACUUUUCAAAAGUUACUAUUUCUUCCACAUAGUGGAUGAAACUAAAGCUAUGAGUGUAUUGGCCUCCCGUGGUGCCGAGUUGUUGGAAGAAUUGCAUCAAAAGCGGAUUGUCGAGCAAGACAACACAGAAAAAGCUGCACUACAGAAACUGAAAUUCAAGAUGGACAGGAUCAAAGCGAAUCAAAGAAAAAUUCAAGGUCCCAGUUACAGUGAACCUGCUACUCACAAAAUAGAUUCAUUAUAUCCGGCGAUAGAACGACCGUUGUAUAGACACCGUCUACCAAGAAGUAAUAGGGAGGCUGUUAGGUCUGGAGAUUAUUACAUGUUCGAUGAUCUUGAUGACGACGAUCUCACUGAUUUAGUACCUGACAAAGAUGACGACAAUGAAACUGAUCGUCAAAAACAACAAGCAGCACGUGGUCGUCGUAUGACAGUUUCAGAGUUGAUGAACACCCUGAUUAAGACAGACAUAGAAAUAGCUACACACGUCGCAUUAUAUGGAGGAACAGAAAAGGAUGCUCUACGACUUCGUCGGCAAAGUGCACCUCUGACGCGCAAGAAGUCCUCAAUGUCAUAUCUGAGUGCUCGUUCUGAAUCUGACACUGCCGCGGUUGUCGAUGGAAUUGAAGACUCUCCUGAUGACUCAAAAAAAGUAAAAGAUGUAGAGGGAGAAAUAAAAGACACGAAUUUAUCAAGGUCAUCCAAAGAAUCUGAUGAUGAGGAUAUUGAUGAUAAGAAAUUUGAAAAAAAUAAGAAAGAACAGCGAAAGACAUCAAUACUUACUUAUUUCAAGUUUUUGUGGGCAAUGUUAAAUAGCACAAUGGUCUCAAUGACAAAGUACUUAAAUCGAUUUUCAAAUGACUAUCGAUAUAUUCGCAAAGUUCUUACAAAAGAGAAGAAACUUUUGAAGACGAAACCAGAUUUUAGAAUGGGCAAGCGAUUAGGCAUUAAUCAAAUAUGGCAACCAAUUCCAAUAAUACAAGAAAGUUCGUUCAUCAACGAAAAUAAUGCAGAAAUAUCAAAUGAUUUAGAAGUCAGUUGUGCCAGGAAUGAGAGAGUAAGCUCAAUUUAUUCUCAACCUUAUUGCAUUGAAAAAGAGGAAGCUGAACUUUCAGAAGUAGAUCAGCCGCCAAUUAUUCAACUGGCAGCAUCAAUAUGGUUUGGUAUUCUGGCACAUUCGACCCUAUUGUGUUACUUUAUGGUAUUUCUUCACCAAAUAAAAAAUUCUUCAGUUCUUUCAACACCAUUACCAUUGAUGGUAUUUUUUUGGGGAUCAUUGACAAUACCCAGACCAUCAAAAACAUUUUGGGUCACUUUAAUAGCUUACACCGAGGUGAUUGUGAUAGUGAAAUGUAUAUUUCAACUCGAAAUAAUACCAUGGAAUCAAAUAGCUAGUAGCAAUAAUCCUCUCUAUGGUCCAAGAAUUGUUGGCAUUGAGCGCAAACAAAAUUAUGCUCUAUGGGAUUUAUUACUUCUUCUUAUGGUAUUCUUUCAUAGAUUCAUGUUAAAGUCAUUAGGCCAAUGGACAAGGCCUUCAAUUGGUACAAAAAAAAUCAUUCCAAGUAAAUUAACAGUAGCAACUAUCAAACAUGAUAAUAUGGGUCAAGGAGAGCCAUCUUCACAAGUACAUAUUGAAAACGAAGAGGCCGGCACUAGUACCGAUUUUAAAACUUCAAACAGUGGAGUCGUAAGCAAUCAUCCUGAAGGUGAUUCAGAGCAAUUCCCAACACCAUUUGAAGAUAAUCAAAAAGUUGAUGCGUGUCAAUCUGAAGAAAUUAAACCUCCCGAAGAAGAAAUUGUUGACCAUAAAAAUAAAACAUUUAACAAACAUCUUGAGCCUAUGAAAGGAUUCUUUAAGAAUAUUCUUAAUCCAGUGGGAAAGGAGAAGACCAAUGUCUACGCUUACAUGUUUUUCUGUGAUUUCUUCAAUUUUAUACUCAUAAUUUUUGGAUUUUCCGCCUUUGGAACUCAACAAGGGGAUGGUGGUGUGACAGCUUAUCUCGCAGAAAAUAGAAUUCCUAUACCAUUUUUGUUGAUGCUUUUAAUUCAAUUUGCACUUAUUGUCAUAGACAGAGCUCUCUUCCUGAGAAAAUCUAUUGUCGGCAAAUUGGCAUUUCAGUAUUGUCUUAUUCUAGGCGUUCACAUUUGGAUAUUUUUCGCAUUGCCCAGUGUAACUGAACGGCAAUUUAUUGACAAUUAUCCUGCUCAAAUUUGGUACAUGGUAAAAUGUUUCUACCUUCUUUUGGCGGCUUAUCAACUUCGAUUGGGUUAUCCAACACGUAUAUUGGGCAAUUUCCUCUGCAAGAAGUACAGUUUUAUCAAUUACGUUCUCUUUAAAGGAUUUAUGAUUAUACCCCUUUUGUUCGAGCUAAGAGCAGUAAUGGAUUGGAUUUGGACAGACACAUCUAUGACAGUUAUGGACUGGUUUAAGAUGGAGGAUAUUUAUGCUAAUAUUUAUCAAAUUAAGUGUAUGAGGGGAGUGGAAGAAGAUUUUCCUCAACCUCGUGGUCAGAAAAAAGCACAAAUGAGCAAGUACAUGGUUGGUGGAGCAGGUUUAUUUGUUAUAAUUGGAUUGGUAUGGUUUCCACUUUUAUUCUUUGCUCUUGGAAGAACUGUAGGCGUAGCAAAUCUACCUUAUGAAGUAAAAAUGAAAAUUGGAAUUGGAGCUCACGAACCAAUUUAUACGAUGUCUGCACAAGAUACAUCAAUUUUCCAAUAUACAGAACAAGACUAUAAGACUUUUAAGGAUAUUUAUCUUCAGGACAGGUCGGCAGUAACCUUUCUUGAAAAUUAUGUUAAUACUGAUAUUGCUGCUGUUAGACUAAGUGGAUCAUCAAAAACAUUGUGGUCCAUUUCUCCUCCAGAUAGAGAACGAUUAAAAAACGAAUUAGAAUCAAACAGUUCAGUGACUGUUCACGUGGAAUGGACAGUUUCCAGAAAGACUGAUGCCAAAGAUUUUUCUGGCGUUACUUCUACCCAACGAGAUAUAAAACUUCCAGCUUAUGUUGAUGGUAACUUUAAUCCACAGAGACAGAAGCUUAUAGACAUGUUGUCAGUAGGAAACAGUACAAAUUUAAAUUUUAACUCUUCACUUCAGUUACUUAAUGCUUUUCCCAAAUUUCUAAAAGUAACCAACAGAAUUACCGAUGUAGUGCCACAGCUUAUGAGAACACAGCUAUUGCCUUAUCUCAUGAAUCAAGAUGAAGAUACAAAAACAAAUAAAUAUCUGUAUCGUAAUAUCAGCUUACAAUUAUCUACCACCAAUUUAACAUGUUGCGCAAAUCAACAAUGGUGGGUUGUACAAGAAAAUGUUACUGACGAUAUUUAUACUUAUCUCUUGAGUAACGUACCAUUAAAUGACAAAAAUUAUAUUAUGAUGUUUCUAUUCAAUGAAAAGGCAUUUCCUGAAAGUUUGAGUUUUAUUAGUGGUUUUGGAAUACUGGGUUUUUAUUCCAUCUUUUUGUACAUGAUAAGUCAAGUUAUUCGAAGAGGAGUUAGUGAUGUCGCACCAAAGAUUAUGUUUGAAGACUUACCAUUUGUCGAUAGAAUUCUUCGCUUGUGUUUAGAUAUUUAUCUUGUGAGAGAAAGCAAAGAUCUGUGCCUUGAAGAAGACCUCUUUGCUAAACUUAUUUUCCUCUAUCGAUCACCUGAAACAUUAAUUCGAUGGACAAGACCACCUGAACCAGGAGAACGUUCUGGAAAUGAAGAUGAAGAUGAAGAUGAUGUUGACAAUGCAGAUGAUAAUGAUAAUAAUGUAAAUAGGUUAUCACGCGAUGCGUAAUUAUUAAACGGUCAGUAAUAAUUUAAAAUUUUUUUUGUAUCAACGAAUACAAAAACAAAAAAAGAAACAUUAAAACAUGUUUGAAAGCAUGGUUUUAAUUGCAAAUUUAAAUUAUAUUGAAAAGUCUGAAUAAUCGUUUCUUGAUAACACCAUAUUUUGUAGAAAAAGUUUUCUUUGCUUUAUUUUAACAGAAGCUUACGUUCAGCUUUCAAAGAUUUUGGUUCUUAGUAAGUAUUUACUAUUGCGCAUUUGUAAAUAUCAUAUAGAAAAGUACUACUGCAUGAAGUUUAAAUUUUCAGUAAGUACUUCACUAAUUCAGCAAACAUAUCUCGUGAAAGUAUCGUGCUGUCCAGGCUAUUAUUUAUUAUUUUAAAAAAAUAUUUUUACUGUUUAAUGAAAAAUGCAAAUAAUACUUUAAACGCCUAUAUAGUUUCAUAUAAAUAAGGUAAAAAUAAUUAAUAAUUAGCACAACAAUUUUUGAACCUUGCUUUACAAAUUUUUAAAAUAUAUAUUUUGCGAAUCUUUAAGAAGUCUAAUAUAAUUAAAAUAAAUGAUAUAUAUUUAUUAAAAUAAUAUAUAUAUAUAUAUUUUAUGUGUAAUAUAUAAUAAACAUUUGUGUAUCUAUUUCUAAUUUUUACAUUGAGCGAAAGAAAUUUAAAUCUGUACAAUACUGUAUUUUGUUAAUUUUAAAGAUACAUACAGUGUAAAACUGCAUAUAAUUUCAUUAAAAAGAGUCUUGUUUUUAAC